CAAAGUCUGUUUAGAAAAUUAUUUUGUUCACCAAAAAAAAAAAAAAGAAAGAAACUAUAAAAACAAAUCGGAUCAUACCACUAAUUAGUCUGAACCAGUAAAUUGCUACAAUGAAAAGUGACUUUCAAAAGUUCAAGAUCAGUGAGACAGAAUCAUGGCACAUUGAGUAAGGUAGUUAUUUUUAUGUARUAUUUUCAUGCAUGAAAAUCCAUGCAUGAAUUUUCAUGGAUGGAAAUAAAAGUUAUUAAAAUAUUUUAAAGCUUUACCCACUUUUUAAAAGACAAUCCUAUUAAUMUGAACAUAACUAUUAAAAAACACUGUAUAAAGGACAGAUUGUGGGAAUAAAUUUMAUAUCUUUCAGAAGUUUAAUCAAAUACCGCAAACAUUUAUUAGACUUUUCUUAAUACAACACAACAAGCAAUGUCUAUCACUUUUUUUGUUUUUGGUUUUCAAGCAGUGUUAAAUAUGAAGAGUGAAAUUAUUUUAUAAUCAAAUGUGAGCAAUUUUAAGUUAAUGCUAAUUUAAAAUAUCACAUCCAUUGAAAACUUAUGGAGAAGACAAUGACAAUGAUGUAGCCAUCAGAGAAAGGAGRCAUGUGGCAUUUCACAGUAACUCUAUCACAACURCAAAUCACUCAUAAAUACCACCAGUAUGUGAAUUCAUGCUUCGGUUCAACUGUUCUCUUGCUGUUUGGUAUCAACGGCUGGCAGUUGCCUAUCAGCCCUGUCACUUCAGCUCUGUCUCCGGAAGGAGUUUUUUCUUUUGUUUUUCUUUUUUUUCCAGAACCCCCCCCAGCCCCCCUGGAAUUAUCUAUUCCGGCUCAGUUCAUAAAAAGGAUGCAGAGAAAGCUGCUUGCAAUAUAAGUCCACAUCAGGAAAUAAGGAGCCAGCGUCUUAUGUAAUUUAUAUAUAGGAGGCUCAAAAUGUGGAAACAACGUCAAAACAUUCAGACUUCCCAAAACCAAAAAUAUACGCAAUAAAUCAAUUGUUGGGGUAUGUUCAUGGUAUUAAUGAGGACAUAAAGCAUCAGGCAUUUUUUCAGGUCACCACAGUUAACCUUGYGUGUCCCUGUCUGUGUUUAUCAACGUUAAUGACGUGAUGUCUUUCUGGGCUGACAUGUUGGUGAAGAAGAAGGCCGGAAGCUUUGACAGGCAGUGAGAGCACAUCUCAGUUAGACAACAGAGCGGCUCAGUGCACAGCAACCACCGGACYGUGAUGGAGUCCUGCGUCAAAGGUACGCUGUGGAUGAUACUUGCCCUCCUCACUCCGCCUCUCUUUGAUUGCCACACGUUUUGCCCUAGAGGYUGUGAGUGCCGAUCUCAUGGUCACUUGUUGUGCAGUGACCGYAAUGGCAGAGAUUUGCUGCAGCAGCUGACAGUCCAUACAUACACUCUGCUGCUUGACAAGGCCAACAUGAGUGUCCUCAGUGAGAAGAGUCUGGAAAAUAAGACUCUCCUGCUGCGCCUUGGUCUGACCAACAGCCACCUGCACACCAUCCAUCCCUUGGCCUUUCAUGCAGCUCCUCAGCUCAAGUCCAUCAAGCUGACAAACAAUGAUCUGUCUACUCUUCCUGCUCGGGUGUUCAGUCCUCUCUCUGUGGUUGAGGAGAUUUACAUAGAUGGAAACCAGCUUGAGAUCAUUGGUCCUGAUAUGUUUGAGGGCCUGGGUGGGUUGCUGGUUCUGGAUCUGAGCCGCAAUAAGAUCAGAGAUCUUCCUCCAGACAUGUUUGACGGACUAAGCAACCUCUUUCUUCUGAACCUUGGCAGGAACAACAUAAAGAAGCUAUUGCCAACAAUUUUUCACACCCUGACUAAACUUCAGAUAUUCAGGAUGUCCCACAAUGAGUUGGAAGUGUUGGAGCCGGGGAUUUUUGAUCGGCUCGAGAGCCUCGUUGUUCUGAAUCUCCAUCACAACCAGAUCAAAAGCCUUCCACCGCGCGUGUUUUGGUCACUGGAGAAAAUGACAGAGCUCACUCUGUCCUACAACCAGCUGAAGGGUGUCCCACAGAAGAGCUUCUACAACAUGCCAAAACUUAAAAAACUUACAAUUUACAGCAAUCCCCUGCUAUCUUUGCCAGAUGAACUGAUGGGCCAUAUGCCGUACAUUACACAGUUUUAUUUGUAUGAAACAAACCUCGUCACUGUUCCUGGAAACCUGUUUGCCAACAUGUCGGGACUGCUGGAGCUGAACUUGCAUGUAAAUGAGAAGUUGAGGUACUUACCACCAGAUCUCUUCUGCUGUCUUCCCAACCUGGAAAAGCUCUCCCUGAGAAACAACAAUCUUCAGGAUCUUCCUCCCAACCUUUUUUCCAAGCUAACCACACUACAAAUACUCCUCCUCAACCAAAACAAACUGAAGACCCUACCAGAUAAGAUUUUUCAGGACCUCACAUCACUUGUUACCAUCGAUUUGAGAAACAACAGCCUAAAUGCACUUCCUGGAGAUAUUUUCUUGUCAAAUACAGCCUUAACAGCUGUUUCCCUGGGCGACAAUCCCUGGAAUUGUAAUUGUGGUAUAAGAGAAUUUGUAAGGUGGCUCAGAGAAAAUGAUAGCAUUGUUCUUGACAAAGAUGAUGUGAUAUGUUACAGUCCACGUUUUAACUUGCUGCGAGGUCUCCACACGCUGCCUGAUGACGAAUUCAGCUUUUGUGAUGAGAAAACAACGGAAAGUUUAUUUCUGACACAAACUGUCUUAUAUGAACCCACCCAAACAACAUAUUACACUUCUGUCACUCCAACUACGGAAUCAACCACCUCAGAAACCACAACAUACUCAGCAAUGGUUUAUACUUCAACCUCCAAUCAGGCUGAUGUAAUUCCCAUUGUCUCACCUGUUUUUCAUGAGAUAUUGGUGGUUGAACAGGGSCCUGAGUAUGUUCACCACAACAUCCACAAACGCUUGGUGUAUGUGUGGUUUCUGCCGUCCGGUUCGGCUUCGGUUGGGUCCAUAAUGUUUUGUUAUGUCCUUCUUUUAGCCGUGGGUUUGGUGCUUAUUCUCGCUGCCAUGUAUGGCGUGCAUCGUCUCGGCACAGCCAUGGACAAGAUAAGUGCUGAGUGUGCACAAAAUGAGGAGGACACCAUGUUAUCAGACUUGGUGCACGCUUGAAGAUAAACACUCCCUUCCCACAAGCAUUUUCUUUUCCUAAUGGCUACUAUAGUAUGUUGUCUUUUUCGCUAAUGUGGCUUUAAAAUGUUGUUAACGUUUUGUUUGCUUUUUGAAGAGUAAAAACAGCUUUACAAACCAUAUAAGAAAAACAUAUGUAUUGUAAGAAAAAAUAAAUGUUCUGGAUGAAAGUCAUUUAAUGGUAUAUUUUUUCUCCUCCCACUUAUUAUUUUGACAGUUUGAAAUGUGUGCACUUUUCAAUUUUCAGUGAUCAGCUUUUAUGUUACAUCUAUUACAUGCAAAAGAUAUAAUAAAGCAAACUUGAUGGACAAGUUUUCAUAGCCUUUGAAUCAGAACAAAAUUACUGCAAUAUAUUAUAUCCAGAAAUGAAUCUAUAAAAGAAUAAAGAACUAUUAAAUGGGGAUUGGUUCCCCCCAUUGGCUGAUGACACAUGUGAACUACUGUCUUCGGAGAGUGUCAGUGCCAAUAAAAAUGUUGCAACAGUUUGGUAAUGUAAAAGUACAAUUACAGUGAUGAAAGCAUAUCGUCAACUUCCUAAAAUAAUGGCCUAAGUCAAUUUUUUUACUCAGUACUCAGUGUCUGGGAACAAACGUGUCCAUUAUUUUAGAGAGGUGGCAACAUUAAAAUGAAAAUGUAACUUAAAUAUAACAGUGGAACUGAAUGUAAAGGUAACUGCUAUACUUGAUGUGACAAAGUAUUACUUAUUUCAAAUGCAGGUCUUGGUUUCAUGUAAUGAAGACAAA